AUGUCUGGCUUCAGCAACACCGACACCGGCUCUAAGACCGCCGACCCCUACACGCAGAAGAACCUCGAGGAGCCCUCUCUCAAGGAGAAGUGCGAGGACCUGCUCAACUUCGUCGACAAGACCAAGUUCUGCCUGUUGACCACGCAGGCCGCAGACAGCGACCUCUUGGCCUCAAGAGCCAUGGCUGUCGCUGCAAAGGUACUGUACACCCAAUCGAUGAUCAAAGACAAGGCUGACAAGCAACAGGAGGGCCACGGCUUCGACCUCCUCUUCCACACCAACACCGAGUCCGGCAAGACGGACGACCUCAAGGAGCACAAGUCCGUCAACGUCGGCUUCAUCAACAACUCAGGCGAGUGGGCCUCCAUCUCCGGCCACGCCUCCAUCGAGACAGACCGUGACGUUGUCCGCAAGCACUACUCUCCCGCGCUCAAGGCGUGGAUUGGCGAUCUUGGUGACGGCAAGCACGACGGUGGGCCCGAGGACCCGCGCAUUGGCAUCAUCCGCGUCAAGGUCAGCACUGCACAGUACGCUGUGUCGAAGCGGACACAGAUUGGCGGGCUUGUGGAGCUGGCGAAGGGUAUUGCGACGGGUGAGGCGCCGAAUGUUAAUAAGCUGAGGCAUCUUGAUGAGGCCGAGAUUCAGCAGUAUAGGUCGCAGUAG